AUUUGCCAAAUACUAAUAAAUUAUAUGACCAAACACUAUGUGCUAAGUUUUUUUCCCCCAAAAACUAGUUGGCCAAACGGGUCCUUAACGUGUUGGCAUAGGAUUUGGGCUUUGAUCCAACCGGGCUGAACCCGUAAAGAAGAAAAACGUUGAACAGGUAAGGAAAUUCAUAGAAGCUCAAUAACAAAAAACCCUCCUUAAACCCUAACCCCACCCCCAGAAAAUCGACAUGAAACGAUCACUUGCGAAAAAUACCCAUCUGUAUUGGCGCAGUUUUUUAAUGCCGAAUCGUUGCUCUGCUGCUGCUGCUACUUCAGUUUUACCCAGCUGUAGGCUUUUCACAUCCAAAAGCUCAAAUCAAGCUGAUGCUGGAUCAAAUGAUACCAACGACGAUAACCUUCAACACGAAGAUGACAUCAGCAAUAAAGCGCUGAAAAAGAAGAUAGAUAGGUUCUAUGAAGGAGACGAUGAAGCAUUCUCAUCAAUAUUUGAAGCCAUAUUGAAAAGAAAACUGGCCGGAAAAAGUGAAGAGUCUGAUGAGGAAUUGAUGAAUGAAAUUCAGGCUCAGCCGCGACAGCAAGAUGUUUCCAACGUAGAGUCUGACUCCGAUUGAGUUGAAGUACAAGAAGUGCACCUGUAUGAGUAGUGCAGUUGUUGAUUAUUCAUUGAUGAGAACACAAGGUCGUAGAUCCACAAUUUUCAUGCAGUGAGCUGUUAAGAGGAUUAAAAAUUUAUAUAUUCGUUAUGCCUUACUGUAAUGUCUUUUCAAUAUCUAGCAGAUUCAUUUUGGAUCAGCUGAAUGAAUUUCUAUCUGAUCUAUACUUAAAAAGUUGGAAGCACAGGCGUCCAAUCAUUGUGUGCCAUAGCCUCUAACUGAUGUAUUUAUGACCCAUGGACGACGUGUUUUCUGAGUAAAUUUCAUUAUCCCCUUAACCUUCUAGUAUAGGAUGAAUGUCCAGACUUUGUAAUGCCAACUCUUUGUACCUUAAUUCUGCAUUAAUAGAGGUGGUUUUCUUGCUGAUUCA